AUGCGCACCUUCGCUUCCCUUUUAUCACAUGAACAAAAAGCAACUUCUUUUCCACAGACCUCAAAUCUCCAAAUUCAGUCCAAACCUGUUAUAAUCACUUCUUCACUUAGAACUUUCACUACGCAAUCAUUACAUGAUUAUAUUUUAUUUGUUAAACAAAUACAUAUCGAUAUAUCUGGUCGGCGAUUUGCCGCUAUCAUAAUUUCUUCCACCUCCUCCGUCUUCAGCGGCCGGAAUCCCACGGUGUUUCCCUUUUCUGGUUUCAAGUUUAUCAAAAUCCUAGUCUUUAAUCUUGAAUGCGGAUCUAAGAUCUGGUUCGAGUCUUAA